UGACAUGAUGCUGUUUUUAUUUUUUUUUUUCCCCGAAUGACGACAUACUGAUUAGCAGUUGAAGCCCUUUUAUGCAGAAUCCACUUCACUAAGCUUUCUAAGAUCGGGGGCUGGCAGAUUCGAUUUCUUCGUUCAAUCGGAUAAGCUCAGAGCUGAUCCUUCGUGGGUAUUUCUUCUCCGGUCUCAAUCAUUUUCCCAGGAGGAUAAUUUUUGAAGAACAGAAAAAUUAGCUGGACACCAUCAACAGUGCUCUAGAACUUGAAGCGUGGAAUUUAUGAAGAGACUCUGAUAGCCUCUUCGAUGACAAGAAGGUGCUUCAAGAACGGUAGAGAUUGUGGGGAGUUUGUAAAGUAAACAAAGAAAAAGAUCUGACAAGUGGGUGAUCUGUUCUACAAAGAUUUUGCCCAAAGCUUCUGAAGAAUUUAAACAAGGAAUAUAUAUUUUCCAGUGCAUGCAUGCGCUUCAUUUGUUCUCUGCAAAAGGGGUUAUUGUGAUUUUUCUUUCAACACCCAAGAUAAUCUAUUCGAGCAACUGAAAGCUAAAGUAGAUUGCAGUGGAAGAAGAAUACUAGACGAAAAGGUCAGGUGGAAGUAGAAGGGAAACAGCAGCAGAAGGAUUUAAACAGCAUUUGGCUACUGUUUUUUUCUUUUCCGGGAAGAAAAUUUGAAAAACAAAACCGAUCAGAUUUUAAGGAAGAAAAUAUACAUAUUGGAGUUGGGGAUUGAUAGAGGAAGAGGCAUCUCAUAAGCUCGAUUUUUGGUGGUGAAGGGGUUAUUGUGAUUUUUCUUUCAACACCCAAGAUAAUCUAUUCGAGCAACUGAAAGCUAAAAGCCGUAGAUUGCAGAGGAAGAAGAAGACUAGACGUAAAGGUCAAGUGGAAGUAGAAGGGAAACAGCAGCAGAAAAUUUGGCUACUGGUUUUUUCUUUUUCGGGAAGAAAAUUUGAAAAACAAAACCGAUCAGUGACAUGAGUUUCUUUAAGGGCUCGCCGUACCGCCGGCACAACAACAACAACAACGACGUUGAGGCCGGCGGAGGAAGCCGCGGCGAUGAAGACGAAGAGUCGUCGUCGUCGGAUCCUUUCAAUAUUACCAGCACUAAGAAUGCCUCCAUCGAGCGUCUCCGAAAAUGGAGGCAAGCGGCACUUGUGCUAAAUGCUUCUCGUCGAUUUCGUUACACCUUGGACCUGAAAAGGGAAGAAGAGAAGCAGCAACUGAUGAGGAAAGUUAGAGUAAAUAUUGAAGCCAUACGAGCUGCAAAUCGUUUCAAGGCGGCUGGGGAACAAAGGAAUGGGUCAGGAACAUCAGAAGCAUCUCUACCUCCACCUUCCCCUUCCGGUGGUCAUUUUGCAAUUGGACAAGACCAGCUUGCUGUAAUGUCACGGGAUCAUGAUGUUUCAGCACUGCAGCAGUGUGGAGGGGUCAAAGGACUAUCAGAAUUGUUAAAAACAAAUUUAGAGAAGGGUAUUAAAGGUGAUGAUGCUGAUUUGCUUAAGAGGAAGAAUGCAUUUGGAUCAAAUACAUAUCCUAAGAAAAAAGGGAGGAGUUUUUGGAUGUUUCUUUGGGAAGCUUGGCAAGACCUCACAUUAAUCAUAUUGAUAGUAGCUGCUGUGGCCUCUUUGGCACUUGGUAUAAAGUCUGAGGGGAUUAAGGAAGGAUGGUAUGAUGGAGGCAGCAUUGCCUUUGCUGUUAUUCUUGUGAUUGUUGUUACAGCUAUAAGUGAUUACAAACAAUCUCUUCAGUUCCAAAGUUUAAAUGAAGAGAAGCGAAAUAUCCAUAUGGAGGUUAUUCGAGGUGGCAGAAGAGUUGAAAUCUCUAUAUAUGACAUAGUAGUUGGUGAUGUUUUGCCUCUCAACAUCGGUGAUCAGGUUCCUGCCGAUGGAGUAUUGAUCUCUGGUCACUCUCUCGCAAUUGAUGAAUCAAGUAUGACUGGGGAGAGCAAGAUUGUACACAAGGAUUCCAGAGAUCCAUUUCUGAUGUCUGGCUGCAAAGUUGCUGAUGGUAGUGGCACCAUGCUGGUAACUAGUGUUGGAAUUAAUACUGAGUGGGGUAUGCUCAUGGCUAGUAUUUCAGAAGACACUGGUGAGGAGACUCCGUUGCAGGUACGCCUAAAUGGAGUUGCGACUUUAAUUGGUAUGGUUGGACUUACAGUAGCUGUUUGUGUCUUGAUUGUCCUUCUGGUCAGAUAUUUUACUGGCCAUACCAAAGACGCAAAUGGAAACAUUCUGUUCACAGCUGGCAAGACAAAACUUAGUCCUGCCAUAGAUGGCGCCAUUAAAAUUGUUACCGUUGCUGUCACCAUUGUAGUGGUUGCAGUGCCUGAAGGGCUCCCUUUAGCCGUUACCUUAACUCUUGCCUAUUCUAUGCGAAAAAUGAUGGCAGAUAAGGCCUUGGUACGAAGGCUUUCUGCCUGUGAAACCAUGGGCUCUGCCACAACAAUAUGCAGUGAUAAGACUGGAACCUUAACUUUGAAUCAGAUGACUGUUGUUGAGGCUUACGUUGGCGGGAAAAAGAUUGAUUCUCCUGAGAACAAGUCAGAGUGGCCUUCCAUGCUAUACUCUUUACUCAUUGAAGGCAUUGCACAAAACACUAAUGGCAGUGUUUAUGUGUCUGAGGGUGGUGAUGUAGAGCUUUCUGGUUCACCAACAGAAAAGGCUAUUCUUAAUUUGGGAUUGAAGCUGGGGAUGAAUUUUGAGGCCAUCAGAUCUGAAUCUUCAGUCAUUCAUGUCUUCCCAUUCAACUCCGAUAAAAAACGAGGAGGCAUUGCACUAAAAUUGCCCGACUCGCAAAUUCAUAUUCACUGGAAAGGGGCUGCUGAAAUAGUUUUAGCAUCAUGCACGCAGUAUUUUGAUGCAGCGGGUCAGUUAGUUGCAAUGGAUGAAGAUAAGGCGAUGGAUUUUAAGAAAGCUAUUGGAGAUAUGGCUUCUGGUAGUUUGCGCUGUGUUGCCAUGGCAUAUCGAUUAUAUGAAGUGGAAAAGGUUCCAUCUGCUGAAGAGCAACUAGAUCAGUGGGCCUUACCUGAGGAUGACCUUGUAUUGCUGGCUAUUGUGGGCAUAAAGGAUCCUUGUCGACCUGGUGUCAAAGAUUCUGUGCAGCUAUGCCAAAAUGCUGGCAUUAAGGUGCGCAUGGUUACUGGUGACAAUAUUCAAACUGCGAAAGCAAUAGCUUCUGAAUGUGGAAUACUAGGUUCAGAUGACGAUGUUACUGAGCCAACUCUCAUUGAAGGAAGAGUAUUUCGUGAGUUAUCAGAAUCGCGCAGAGAAGAAAUUGUCGAUCAGAUAUCUGUGAUGGGGCGAUCUUCUCCCAAUGACAAGCUUCUGCUUGUGCAAGCAUUGAGAAAGAGGGGACAUGUUGUUGCUGUAACUGGGGAUGGCACUAAUGAUGCUCCUGCUCUACAUGAGGCAGAUAUCGGUCUUGCAAUGGGUAUUUCAGGGACAGAGGUUGCUAAAGAGAGCUCUGAUAUCGUUAUCUUGGAUGACAAUUUUGCUUCUGUUGUGAAGGUUGUCAGAUGGGGCCGAUCUGUAUAUGCAAAUAUUCAAAAAUUCAUUCAGUUUCAACUUACAGUAAAUGUAGCAGCUCUGAUUAUAAAUGUUGUUGCGGCAGUUUCCUCUGGGGAUGUCCCACUAAAUGCUGUGCAGCUUCUCUGGGUUAAUCUUAUCAUGGAUACUCUUGGAGCUCUAGCAUUGGCUACUGAACCACCAACUGAUCACCUGAUGGACAGGCCUCCAGUUGGUCGAAGAGAACCUCUUAUAACAAAUAUCAUGUGGAGGAACUUGCUGAUACAGGCUCUAUAUCAAGUGACCGUUCUGCUUGUCCUCAAUUUCCAAGGUAGAAGUAUACUGAAGUUAGAGGGUGACACAGUCGCCCAUGCCACCAAAGUGAAGAAUACUUUGAUAUUCAAUGCCUUUGUACUUUGUCAGAUUUUCAAUGAAUUUAAUGCUCGAAAGCCAGAUGAAUUUAACGUGUUCAAAGGAAUUACUAAAAACUAUCUUUUCAUGGGGAUAGUGGGAGCAACAGUUGUGCUUCAGGUUCUUAUCAUCGAGUUUCUUGGGAAGUUCACCUCAACAGUAAAAUUGAAUUGGUCUCAGUGGCUGAUCUCUGUUAUUAUUGGUAUCAUAAGUUGGCCCCUUGCUGUUCUAGGGAAACUAAUACCUGUUUCAGAAACUCCCAUCGGUAAUGGAUUGAAAAAGUUAAAGUGCUGUCGAAGAGGAGCUUCUCAAAGUUAGUUUAUAUAGAAGACUUGAGGAGUUGGAGCAGUGACGUCAACCAAGUCUACAAAUUCACUAUCUCUUUGGGGGUUUUUUUCAUUGCCCUUUUUUUAUAUUCAGUUUUUAGGAUGUCAGUGAUUUACGUUUGAUGGAAAAACAAACUAAUGAAUUGAAAAUAGGAGCAAUCUGCAUUAUUACCUGAAUUGCUUGGGGAUUUUUUUUUUUAUCGAGGAUGAUAGGGUACUAGUGCAGUUCUACUUUUUGGCAUAUACUACCUGUUUUUGUUGACAAGAUAUGCUUGUGUAGUUCUAUUGUUGAAAUUAUGUUUGGUACUUGAUAUCCUCACAUUGUGAUACUGAGGGAAAAGUGGAUUUUAUGCAUGGAACUUAUCUUAAAGGAAUUCUUUUGAGUCCAUUUCU